AACUGCAUUCAUCAAUUAAUCAUUAAAUACAUUUGGUGCCACGUCAAGUGGUUGUUUAAAAGUUAAAUAAAUGUCCGUGAGAUAUAGAUGUUUUGCAAUUAUGAGUUCAAACAGUGCUUAAAUCGCUUUUCAAGAUUAACACUUUUCUAAGCAAUAAUAAUAGCUACCGUUGCUCGAUAGAAUACCUUGCUUGGCGAAUAAAAUGGCAUAAUAACCCUGGUUAUGAUAGAAAUGCGUUUGAAACGACGUGGAAUAGAGAUUUAUUGACAACUGUAUGUCAGGCCAGUUAAUAUUUAAAUAGACGCGUUACGUAUUAACUUGAGGAGGUCUGCCUGUAUUCAGCAAGCUCUAAUACGCGCAGUUCUAUUAACUGUGCAUGAAAGAGACGGAAUAAAACUUCAGUACGGUAUGCUUGGUGCUGUAAGUGUAAUUUUUGGAAGGUGUAGAAGAAGCGCGUGGCUGGUAUGCAAGCGAACGCAGAGCCACAGUUUCAGACGCAAACUCGAUAUCCGAGGAAUCUACCCGCCCAUCGCCACGCCGUUCGCCCAGAAUGAACUGGUGGAUUAUCAGAAACUGGAUGAAAACCUGGAGAAAUACUCCAAGAUACCUUUCAGAGGGCUGGUGGUCCAGGGCUCCAAUGGGGAGUAUCCCUAUUUGACAGCUGAGGAGCGAGUGGAGGUCGUGCACAGGGUGCGACAGCGCAUCCCCAAGGACAAGCUGGUGAUCGCAGGAUCCGGCUGCGAGUCGUCCAUGGCGACAGUGCUGAUGAGUGAAAAGAUGGCGCAGGCUGGGGCAGACGCAGUGCUAGUGGUCACUCCGUGUUUCUACCGCAACAGAAUGGACAGCAGAGCACUAAUCCACCACUACACACGGGUGGCGGAUGCCAGCCCUGUGCCUGUUAUCCUCUACAGUGUUCCUGGGAACACCGGCCUGGACCUGCCUGUGGAGGCUGUGCUCACACUGUCGCAGCACGACAACAUUGUGGGCCUGAAGGACAGUGGUGGGGAUAUCACUAGAAUUGCUCUCAUCAUUCACAAAACCCGGAAGGAGGGUUUUCAAGUGCUGGCAGGAUCAGCUGGCUUCCUGCUGGCUGCCUAUUCUGUAGGGGCGGUCGGAGGUGUGUGUGCGUUGGCCAACGUCCUGGGGCAUCAGGUGUGCCAGCUCGAGCAGCUCUGUCUAGCCGGCCGGUGGGAGGAGGCCAGGGAGCUGCAAUACCGGCUCAUCGAACCCAACACUGCGGUGACGCGGAAGUUUGGGGUGGUGGCCCUGAAGCAGGCGAUGGAGUGGUCCGGGUAUCACGGAGGGGUGUGCCGCCCACCCCUGCAGCCCCUCUCGGAGGCCGAGCUCAGGCAGCUGCAGCACGACUUCUCCUCCCAGGGGUGGCUGUGAGCAGGGCGACCCCUGGAGGACGGGCGGAGGAAGUGCGGGGGGGGUGUCUCUCCGUCGGCAGCCUGACGAGACGCGUGGCGUCUUAAUGACAUGAGACGGGGUGUGGUCGAGGAGAGGUGGUGUGGCUGCAGGGUAGGAUGUAGCAGCAGGAUUUGAGAAAUCAGAAACAUGAGGCUGCUUGUGGCUUUGUUCUGAUUUGAAAAAAGAACUUGUCUUUCUUCUGAUCUGUCACUUAUAAGGAGAGGUUUAAAAUGUAAACAAUCUCACAUAAUUCAACAAUUUCAAUUAAUUUGGAAAUUAAAUUUCUUCCAAUAUAAAAAAGACAACCGCUUAACGUGUUUGUGUUGUCGAUCCAAAGAGCCAGAUAAACACAAUGAUGCACUUUUUUUUGUUGGUCUGUAAAUUAAUUUAAUUUCUCCUUGUUUACAGUGGUGUAAAAGCUUUCACAUCACAGCAAGUUGCACACGUUGCAAAAAAAAAUGAAACGGCACUCUUUUUGUUUUUUUUUUAGCAGACGUGCAUUCCAAGUGGCAGCUACAGAAUACAAUAUAGUGUGUCAACCACUAGGUGGCUCUGUGGUUUACAUAUGGGGAAACAAGUAAUAUAUGCACCAGUCAUUCACCACCAAGGUCACCCCUGGGAUAUCAAAAAGAUUUAAAAUCCUACAGUAUGACAGUUUCAGUGAUAAAGGUGAGGGAGGGAGGGUAACCAGUUCCAAAACGGGCACGACAAAAACCUGAGCAACGGGUUACAGCUGAAAAGCUGCACUAAAACCUGCUCACAAUGUGAUGACCUCUCUGCUCUUGCUUGCCUUACUGAAAACCAUAUGCUAAAAAGAUUCCCCUCCCCCUUCGAAAGAAAAAAAAGCUACAUGACUGAGUGCUGUGUAAGAUAAGAGUGGUGCCCUCUGUACAGAUUUACCGUGCUCUUUCAGGAGACUAAUCAGUAGAUUUCUAAACUGUUCCGACAGUCCGCCCCCUUUGCAAAUCGCCUCUUUCUGUGAGGUCCACGUCCCCAUUUCAACUGACAAGUCAAGUCGGAUCCAGAUAUGUUAAAUGUUCAUUUCAGACCUCAAACGUCCUCAACAGUACAGUCGAGCAGCGGACCCUUAAUAGCGAUGAUGCGGUUAAGAUGUAUGAAAUGUCGGUGUCCCCCACAGGUGUCCCCAGCGUCCCACUCUUGGAGCCUUUUGCCCACCCAGUCAAAACUUGACAGGACAACCGUCAAAGCAUCUCCCGGUCUGAAACUCGCUAGUCAAAAGCUGAAUAAAAUUCAGCUCAUAAAAAAAGCUUUUGGCAUAAAGCAGCUCUUUGUUUUGGACCCACAAAGAUCUCUUAGCUAAUGUUCAUGGGAAUGAACUUCUACUAAGGAUCUCCCAGUUCGCCUACCGGCAAAGGCAGAGCACACUGCCGCCAUGCAGUAUUUAACAGAGGCUCGGCUCGCAGGGCUGGCUCCUGCCAUGUGCUGCUGCAGAGGGGUUUUCCCUAGGAAUUCUGGGUAGACAGGAUGUACAAAUGUACAAUAUUUUCAUCAAAAUGAGGCACAAUCCCAAGGCACAAACAAUAGCGCAAAUAGAUGUAUAAAAAAUGCAUAUACAGUCAUAACUCAAAUGCUUUCCCCCCCAAAAAAAAAGUCAUGGGGGAAAAAAACAAACAAGUGCAGUGUCUGAGGGCAACCAUUAAUCUGCCAUUUAUAAAACAGAAUACAGCGCCCGGAAUCUGUCCACUGGCCAGGAGGACAAGCAAUAGAUGUCAAUGGUUUCUUUUCAUGAUAUUUAACAGUUCCUUCUCCAACCUAGCAGUGUUCAUCCACAGGAACAGAGAGCUUUCGAUACAGCCAGUUGAUUUCACAAAAAAAAAAACGUGUUUAAGUAUCUUUCAAGGUUGAUCGCAAUGGCCAUUUUCAGGCGGUGCAAUUAAAAACACUGUUGCCGCAUCUUAAAAGCUUCGAGGACAUUAAGUAACCAGGUUGAUGGGAUAAUAGGGAAAAUGGAAAUUGCAGAGCAACUGCUGUAAUAUAUAAAUUAAGAGUCUAAGCAGACGGCAGCCAGACCUUAACUUUAUUUAGAAUAUUUAAGCAAGAGAGAUCUUUUUAUGAGAACUCUGAAAAAUAUUAAAAUUGAGAUGGCUAAUGCUUUACCGUGGUGACUUGCUGGGCAUAUUAAAGCACUGACAUUGAGAUGACACAAUUUAAGGGAACUGAAAAAUGGUAACCAUGACAAUAUGCACACAGGUUAAAGUCCAGUCAAACACACCUUUAAGCUUAAUUUGUGAUGGGAGAAGAGCAUGUCAGCAAAUUCCAAAGAAUUAUUUAAAGCCUGCAAAAUAUGUCCAUAGUCCAAAAUCCCUGAACUUCUAAGUAUGUUCUAGGUUUUGCAAAAAAAUGUUUUUGACUUGUUGUUUUGGUACGCUCUAGAAAGCUUGCUACAAUCACCAGAAAUGUACAUUUGCUAGUUGUUUUUUUUUAACUCCCUUGUUUGCAUUGUGCAUGACCUACCCUCCUUAAAGCAGGCUCUUACCAGUUUUCAGCUUCUGGAAAUUCACCGUUUCCAGCAAAUUUGUUUAUAAAAAAACAAAAAUGUUGGCUGCGGUUCUCUGCAACUUACCAACAAUAAAAAAAGCACUACUAAAAAAAU